CGUGGAGGGAGUGGGAUGGAGGGGAAUUCGGGUGGAGGAGGAGGAGGAGGAGGAGGAGGAGGAGGAGGAGGAGGGGUUGUCGGAGGAGGGAACGACGUGGAAUUGAUGUGCAAGACGCUGCAAGUGGAGCACAAGCUCUUCUACUUCGAUCUGAAGGAGAACCCUCGCGGGCGCUACCUCAAGAUCUCCGAGAAGACCUCGGCCACGCGGUCCACCAUCAUCGUGCCCUUCUCCGGCAUCUCCUGGUUCCUGGAUCUCUUCAACUACUACGUCAGUACCGACGAUCAGGAGGCCUCCAGCAAGGAAUUGCAGCUCGACACCAAGGUGUUCUACUUUGAUGUUGGCGAGAAUCGGCGGGGGCGCUUUUUGAGGGUAUCUGAAGCUUCAGUGAGUAGAAACCGGAGCACUAUCAUUGUACCUGCAGGUAGCACCCGUGAUGAAGGUUGGGCAACUUUCAGAAAUAUCUUGGCUGAGAUUAAUGAAGCAUCAACGCUUUUCAUACUUCCCAACCAGCAAAGUUCUGAGCCUACAGGAAGUCUUGUUGGGUUUUCAGAUGAUGUAGGUGCAGGCUUCAUAUCUGGUCAUAGUGGACAAUCUGCCCCGGCUUCUUCUGAUUUGAAUGUGGACAGAUCGGCAGAAUUGCCAGCACAGGAUGAGAUUGGUAACAUGGGAGUGUCGAAGGUAAUUAGAGUUGACCAGAAGAAGUUUUUCUUUGAUCUAGGGAGCAACAACAGAGGCCAUUUCCUGAGGAUAUCUGAGGUUGCAGGCACCGACAGGUCUUCCAUCAUUCUUCCGCUUGCAGGUUUGAAGCAGUUCCAUGAAAUAUUAGGUCACUUUGUGGAAAUUACAAAGGACCGGCUUGAAGGGAUGACAGGUGCAAUUGUGCGAACCGUGGACCCCCUGCAAAGAUGAAUGUUUAAACCUGCAGGGUUGGGCAAAGAGUGAAAAAAAUUCUGCAAAGGGACGUACUCAAGCUGGAAAUAAGUGCUUUUCUAGGGUGUGCUGAUGAUUUUCUUUUGUUAUUUUAUUUUCUUGAUUCUGUGGUGAAGGAUGAGAAUAAUCUGAUUUAUGUGUUUGAUCAACAAUAAAUUGGGGGGUGGAUAGCAGAAAUAACAAGAUGGAAGUGUGAAUGUGUGGGAUGGAUUCAUUAAUAAUAUUCGUUGCAGAUGUGUUUCACUCCUCC